GGCCAUCCUGGGCCGGCUACUGGGCUUCGUACAAGACUUGAAGAGAUAAGAAGAUUGGGUUAGAUUCAUCUUUAUCCAAGAAGUUUAUAAAAACUUAUAAACUUAGGAUAAACAUGUUAUUCCUUUUACAACAAGGAAUCACAUUAGACAAUCUUGUAUAAAUAGAGAUUUAGGAGCAAACAUAUUGGUGUGUGAUUCGUUUGUUACAAGAAUAGCCAAGUUCGAUUCUCUACAGCAAUGAGUAGAAGAGAAGUGAUUGUAUGCCGAGGAAUAUGGUAUGUAAUGGCUCUACUCUCGCUCUUUGGCCUCUCCAUAUCACUCAAUCUUCUCUGGCCACCUGGGGGAAAGUCACCAGCAUUGUCUCGGUUCCUGAGGGACGGCGCGGUGAGUGCCACAACAUUCUAUGCGGUGACGCUACUCAGGUAUCUCUUAUUCACCGAUACUCCCUCCAGUAAUAGCUACAAGGAUUUUACUACAGACAAAGAGAGGAUUCCUCAGGUUGUGUUUGCGGAGUUUUCUACAUUGGCGUUAUUUUGUUCUCCUUAUCUUUUGGUGGAUCAUCCUGAUCAUGACGUAUGGUUAUACAUGUCGUUAUUCACCAUAUCGUUGUUCACCGGUGGGAUAGGUCUGAUUCAGCUAUCCGAUAAGUUCAGGAUGGAUAUGAAGCAUGCUUAUAUCACGCUUCUUUGCGGUUGGUUGUGUUGGCUUUUGGGCAGUUAUGUUUUUAUUUACCUGCCCAGUAUGCCCGUGGCUAUGAUUCCUAUAGGAGUUUACUGGAUAUUCUUCCUUUCUAUCCUUUUGUAUAAUUUCUGCAGUGAGGAAUUUUCUAUAAAUUCCAGGGAUUCCCCUCUUCCUGCUUAAUUCUCUUGCUUAUUUUUUCUUAAUGGUAUUGUAAGUCCAUAUAAGAGACUCCACGUUCAGAGUUUAAUGACAUGUUAACUUCUUGCUUUUACCA